AUGUGGAUCUAAUAUUCAUUUAUAAAUUGUAUUAAUGUUGGAUUUUAAUUCUCUAAUCCAACCUCCAAUUUGGGUCUCCACUCCGGUAUAGGCUUGAGAGAAAACAGAACCAUCACAGAGAGAGAUACACUUAUUACAUACAUACAUACAGAGACAGAGACAGAAGAGAAAGACAAAACAAACCAGCGAUGGGUCCUCCCAGGUUUCCGGCGGUGUUAAUUUUGGCGGCGGUGGCGGUGAUGGCGGUGGGACCCGGAUUGGCGGAUGCCCAAACGCUGCCGUGCGCCUCGGCCCUGGCACCGUGCGUGACGUACAUUAACCUCACCGGCACGCCACCUCAGUCUUGCUGUGGCCCAAUGGCAGAGGCCGUGCAAAACCAGAUGCCAUGCCUCUGCACUCUGUACACCACCCCUGGCUUGUUGGUGUCUGUCGGCAUCAACGUCGGUCAGGCCGUCCUCAUCCCCAGCCGGUGCAACAUCGUCGCCAGCCCCUGCGGCAUAGCUCCAGCUCCGGCUCCGGCUCUGACUCCCACUCCGACUUCAACUCCGGCUCCGACUUCGACACCGACCUCCUACCAGCCAUCCCCAGCAACACCGGGAAAUGGCAAAAGUGGAGUGGCCAGGAUUGCAUGGGCUGGUCUGCCCAGCUUACUCUUGCUUUGGGUUUCCAUGGCGCUCUAUUAGAGGCGAUCUCCGAAUCUUCGGGAAACAGUAUUAUUUCAGCUCGCAUGAUCUGAAGUGGCGAUUUGCAGAUCUCGAGGCUUUCUUACUCUGUUUUGUCAUAUUAUAUUGAUUUUAAGUUGUGUUAUUCAAUCAUAUCUGGUUUCUACUAUUUAAGUAUUGUUACAAUCAAAUUUGUUGCAGACCUAAACGUUGGAGUGAUGUGAAUCA